UACACUCCCAACCUGGGAGUAGGCAUCACAGAUGGACAACCCUUCCAAGUUUACUGGCUGGGGUGUACUCACUGUGAAUCAUGGUGUUGGUGUAAAUGUAUACGUUACACUAUCAGAUGGUAUUGGCGACAAGAUCACUAGUGUCCCAUACCUUGUCAAGGCUGCCACGGGAGGUGGCGGAUCAACCAGAAUCUUGUCAUCAAAUACCCGCUUACUUGAGCUCUAUCCUCAGCCACCUACAUUCCCUCCCAACCAAUUUUCCCACCAGCAGACCUACGGAUGGUGGUUCGUCCAAGAAGAAAACGCCCAUCGCUGCGAUCGUUGGAGGAGCAGCGGGUGGAGUGGUUGGUUUGGCGCUUAUCGCAGGGCUGAUCUUCUUCAUCGUCAAUCAAUCCAAGAAACAGCAGCGCGAUAAUGAAGGACUUAUGGGUCAGCCUACAGGUCCAGGUGUGCUCGGUUCGCCGCAGAUGUCCCAAACCCCUGGAAUGUACGGCGCCACUCCUAUGGAUCCCAAUAAUUACAAUCAGGGUUAUCACCCUCAGGGGAUAGUCCCUCCGUCCACUCCCUCUGUCCAAGGGUCAUCUCCCUUACCGACGAACAAUUUUAAUGGAGCGUAUAAUCCUCAGGCCUACGCUCCAACCCAAGGAGGUUCAGACACACAAACUACCUAUACUCAGCCUCAGUCAUUUGCUAGCCAACCUCAGCAGCAGUACUACGGUGGCGAUCCCUUCCCCAGACCUCCGCAAGUAUAGUGGCCUGUGUGACCUGUUUUUUUUUUCUUUUGGUCGUCACCAUUCUCUUGCCCUACGCGAUGGUCUUGCCGAUCGGUGGUUGAUUUCUCCUAGAUUCUUUUCUAUUUUGUCUUCCUUCUUUGCUUGCUUGUUUACCAGUUUCUUCCCUCUUAACCUUCAAGCUGGUGUUUUUGCCUCUUAACUAUUUUGUCAUUCCUUUUCUGCGCGCCCGCUUCUUUGCUUGUCGCUCGUUUACAAUAAUCAAAGCCAACUUUAUUUUAUGUACCCUUCCAAUGUCAAAGUCUCGACAUUGUUUUCUUACGACGUCGUUUCCUCUUGGACAAUGAGACUCUGUUGUGUUACAUUAUCCCUACAUACGCUUACCUAAAUCGACGAGCCUCACAAAUGACGUUGAAUCGGGGAGCAUAAGCGAGCUGCGCAAAGGAGGAGGCGUCUG